AUGCCUUCUCUACUCCUCGCACCAUUCUAUCUCGACUUCAGCCCACCGAUCCCUUUCAUUCUACUCGGACUUGCCUUGACUUUUUUCGUCUACACCUUUCUCGUCACCCCUCAUUCAUCACAAACCUCGUCCGCCGCCCUAUUCACUCCGGACAAAACCGAUGCUGGGAAUAGGAAGAAGAGAUGGCUUUACGACUCCGUGAACCUGCUCCAGGAGGGGUACCAGAAAUUCUACGGCAAGCCGUUUAGAAUCUGGACAACGGAAGGAGAGCAGGUAGUUAUUCCACCGGACUACGUCGAUGAGUUAAAGAUGCUUCCGGAUCAUACAUUUCCAUCUGCGCUUCGCCAUUUCUUUUUACAUAAGUAUCUAUGGCCAAUUGAGGUGUCAAAACUGGACUAUGGACAUGUGGUUAUGAAGAAUGAUUUGAAUAAGAGCAUGGGCAGGAUAUUCCCCGAAAUGCGUGACGAAGUUAAUACUGUAUUUCCUCUUGAGUUUCCGGAGAGCAAAGAUACAGUAGACUGGUAUUCAAUUCCGGUGUAUCCCAAGAUCCUACGUCUCGUCAGUCGCGUCAACGGAAGAAUUUUCUACACGAAAAACAUAUUCCUUUCGUCCGCGAAGCUCCGUUUCUUCCACCCCUGGCUCCGCCCCCUCGUGCAGUUCUUCAUCCCUGAGCUACGAACCGUCUGGAAUUGCAACAGCAAAGCACAAGAGCUCUUGUCACCAAUUCUGCGAGAGCGACAGAACAACGAAAAUAAGGAAGAUUAUAAAAAGCCAAAUGAUUCGAUCGAGUGGCUCAGAGACCUGGUUCCCGAACCUGAUCGGAAUGAUCCGCUCUUCCAUGCCAUCUCUCAGUUGGGAAUUGGCGCGGUUUCGGUGAACACGACCACACAGCUCCUGACUAACUCCCUGCUUAAUCUAGCCACGUAUCCUGAGUACAUGAGCAUUCUUCAGGAAGAGAUAGAUUCCGUACGGAGCGAAAACGGGGGGCAAUUCACACUUGAGAAUAUGGGGAAGUUGAAGAAACUAGAUAGUUUCGUCAAGGAGACGUUGCGGUUUAAUGGUCAUCUGACAGCAACCUUCCAACGAAAGACACUCCGUCCCAUCACCCUAUCCGACGGCACCUCCAUCGCACCGGGUACAUUCACACUGGCUCCGGCUAACGCCGUCAACUUCGACGAUGCUAUCUACCCUGAUGCAAACACGUUCAAUGGAUUGCGAUUCUUCAAUCUCCGCCAGAGCUCAGUGGACGAGGAAAACAAGCAUCAGUUGACGUCAAUUACCAAGACACAAUUGCAGUUCGGGAGUGGGCGACAUGCGUGUCCUGGGCGGUGGUUUGCGAGUUACCAGAUCAAAUUGGUUUUGGCUAAGGUCAUUGAUAACUUUGAGCUGAAAUUGAAAGGAGGGCAGAGGCCGAAGGGGCUCCUGUUUCAAACUAAUCAGCUACCUGAUCCGAAGGCAGAGAUUCUGUUUCGUGCAAAGGAACGGGCUUAA